AUGAGCACUCUCAACAUGGCUACCUUAAUGGGCCCUAACCUGGGACCACCCUUGAAAGAUUCAAUGAAUGAAGAGAAACGGGGCCAGAUUAUUUCACUGGCCGAGUUCUUGAUCACCCACCACAUGGAGAUUGCGAUGAUCCCCGACGAAUACAUCCAACGUUCAUAUACAUUCAAAGCCAGUAAAAACAAUGGGUCCGUCAUGAGCUCAUUACGGAAGAAGCUAGCGUUCACUGAUCCUCUGGAUGAGAUGUUCAGCGGCACAAAUGAGUACGACAGCGAUAAUAGCAAUAGGAGACCGAGCAUGAUGUCGAUGGGGGCGUCGUCGAUAUCUUCGUCCCUUGCGCUUACCUUGGACCUCGACAAGGUGUCGGUGGCUUUCCUGACACAGGAGCCGGACAGCCGAGCUGUCGUGAGGGUCGAAGUGUCUGCGGCGAAUGAGCACUUCACCAAGUCAAUACUGAUUCGCAAGGACGCCAGCGUCAGUGCACUCAUCCAAUCUGCCCUCAAAGCGACCAACGAGGACUCGGCCGGCUAUGCUCUCUACACAUUAGGAAGCUCAGGCGCGGCCACCGGACAGAUUGCACCCGAUGCUGAUCUCUACGAACUGAUACGAAACGACAUGACCAUCAAACUGUGUGUCAUGGUGCACAUACACCUGAAGCACAGCGACACCUGA